AUGGAUCUCCAGAGCCCGUCAACUUCGCUCACCGUCUUCUGCAUCGGGGUGGCUCUCCAUGUCUUUGUCUUCCGCAUCGGAGAAUGGGACCUCGCGACCACCAAGCUGUUGAGGGUCUUCGCGACCACUAGCGUCGCAUUCGUAAUCCUCGUCAAAGUUAUACUUCUGUCACCCCCAGAUAACACACUGUGGACGGCGCUCACGAUCGUUUCCUGGCUGGUGACCAGUCUAAUUACAGGGAUAGGGAUCAGCAUGUUGGUAUAUCGCGUUCUCUUCCAUCGUUUGGGGCGUUUCCCAGGUCCAUUUGGGGCCCGACUCUCGAGCCUCUAUGGGACUCUCCUUUCGGCCAAGAACCUGCACCUCUAUGAAGAAGUGGAGAAACUCCAUAACACAUACGGGGACUUUGUACGACUAGGACCCUCUGAGCUAUCCAUCAACAAUCCAAAAGCCGUGCAUGCGAUUUCCUCCUCCCAGUCGCCUUGCACCAAGGGUCCAUUCUACACCGUACUGGAUCCCCGCAAGUCGAUGCACAUGAUUCGCGAUCCAGCUGAACAUGCUCGUCGUCGGAAGGUGUGGGACCACGCGUUUAGUGCGAAAUCGCUUCGCGACUAUGAGCCCCGUGUUUCUCUGUAUACCGAUCAACUACUUGCGCAUCUUGAGAAGACCAAGGGCCAGCCCGUCAAUGUGUCUGACUGGUUCAACUUUUACAGUUUCGACGUGAUGGGCGAUUUGGCCUUUGGAAAGUCCUUUAACAUGCUGCAGAAUGGUGUCAAGCAUUAUUUUAUGGCUUCGCUGCAUGCCGAUAUGACGACGGUAGGAGUGCUGAGUCGUUUGCCGUGGCUUUUCCCUAUCUUCAAGGCAACUCCUGGUCUUAAUUACGAGCACCUGCGAUUUUGGAAGUGGGUUGAUGACCAGAUUGACGAGCGGAAAAAGACGACAGCCGACAAGCCCGAUGUCUUCAAAUGGCUCCUCAAAGACUACAACGCGCAAGAAAAGCCCACCUUCAACGAUGAAAUGUACCUAGCUGGCGAUGCAUACUUGGUUGCCGUCGCAGGAAGCGACACCACAGCCGCGGGCCUAACCACAAUUUUCUUCCAACUAGCUCUAGACCACCGAGUCCUGAAAACCCUCCAAAAUGAAAUCGACCGAUACUUCGAGACCGCAGGGACCGUUGAUUACACAAGUCUCUCGAAACUCCCAUAUCUCGACGCCGUCAUCACCGAAACCAUGCGCCUCCACCCUCCAAUCCCAUCAGGCGUCCAGCGGAUGACUCCUCCAGACAGGUUGCUUAUCGACAAUACGUGGAUUCCAGGGAACACUAUAGUGCAGGUCCCUUACCACACGUUAUUCAGAGACGAGAGACUCUUCCUCCAGCCUCAGGAUUUCAUACCCGAACGUUGGACAACUCGUCCCGAGCUGGUUAGGGAUUCUUCGUCGUUUGUUCCGUUCUCGAAUGGUCGCUAUGCCUGCAUUGGGAAACACCUUGGACUUAUGGAGCUUCGAUUGGUGGUGUCGCAGAUCGUCCGGAGAUAUGAUGUUGAGUUUGCACCUGGACAAACUGCGGAGGCGUUUUUGAAGGGAAAACGAGAUGCGUUUACGUUGUCGUUGGGAAAAUUGGAGAUGGUGAUGAAUCCGAGGCGGUAA